GAGGAAGGUGUGGCCUUUUACAUAGGGAGAGCAGAUAAGCUAAGUUUGCUUUGUAGAGAGGGGCAGGAGUUACAAUCCUGAACAGGCUCUUUAUUUUCUACUCGUCUUGUCCCGCGUUUUAAUUCCAGGAGUUUCGAGGAAGACUGCGUGGAAGCAGCUUCUAGCGCUGAAGAAGUAAAACACUAGAAGACAGCACAAGGAAAACUUCAGCAGGCAGCCAUGAAGGACAAAGUGAGAAGAGGAGGAGGAAGAAAUCAAGCCAAGACUGAUGCAAACAGCGUGCCCGGUAGAAAAGAUGCUGUCGGUAUUCGACUAGAUGAUGACACAUCAUUCCCUGUGAAGAUCCAGGGAGCAGGAGUCGAGCCAUUUGAGUUGCAGGUCCAUGUAUUUUGGCUUGUUCAGGAUGCCAUAAUGACUCUGCUUUCGAGGAAUGAGGUGUGUCCACGCUCCAACCUCUCACUUGCACUAGCUGGGGCAACUCUGGAUCCCCUUGCUCAAUUGCAAAACCUCAAGGGCUUGAAAGCAGGUGCCAUGCUUCGCCUUGUAGAAGAGCCUUACACCUUCCAGUCAGCCAGGGUCCAUCUGGCUCGUGUGCUAGAGCUGCUGAGAACAUCGGGACCUCAAGAUGCACUGAGAGAAGGACGUUCACCAAGCAUACUGCAGGCACUCACACAUGCACAAACACCAGAGUCUAGCUUACCAAAUGGAAAGAACCUUAAACGUUCUUUAAGCCAGACAAAAACGGAAUCAACUGGCCAGGAUGGAGCUCCACCUGAGUACCUCCUCCCUGGUUCCUCAGAAAGACCGCUCAUGGCCCUGCUCCCACAUAGCUCCCAGCCAGAGGCCCCCAGUUACCUGAGGGACUUGUCUCUCAGCUGCUGGAACCCUCCUCCAGGACAUAGGAAGCUGCAGGGAGACUUCCUGUAUAUUACUGUGGUCACAAUGGAGGGACGGCGCUGUGACAUCACAUCCUGUCCCAAAGGUUUCUUCCUAAAUAGGUCCACAGAAGAUGUGUUUGAUCCUCGUCCAGCACAGUCCUCUCCAGUUUGUCACUGUUUAACCGACUUGCUCUGUCAUAUUAGCCCUGGCUUCAAGCAAACUUUUACCACACUGAAAAACAGGCCUCCGCAACCACCAGUAGAGGUGAUGCCUACACCCUACCACACGCUGAGCUGGCUCGGUCCUCCCUGUGCUACACGUACUCACAAAAACACCUUCAGUAGACUGGGAGUAGAUGAUCAGGCAGCUACACAGGCUCCAGACUGGAAUGAGGAGCUACAAGCAGCCAGAGAUCUUCCUCAAGGAAGUCUGGAGGAGAGGCUGCAGAGGGACAAAGCAGUACUUCAAGUAAACAGUGCAUUUGUGAGUGCUGUCAUGCAGGGGGCAGAGACUGUUGUAGAUGGUUUUGUUGAGCCAGUUAAUAGAAACCCAGAAGAUCCAGCUUUCCUGUGGGGUGGCCUGUUCAUGAGCCAGGGGGCAGCAAGUGCAGUGUUUGGUGGCGAAAGGGGCCGCAGGGCUGCUCAGAGGCUGGAGCUUAAAGGUGUGCAGGCUUACAGUGACUUGGAGGGGUUGCAGGGGCUCCACACUCUGCCUACAGCCGUUGUUGACUACAGAGGGGUUCGCCUGUCUGCCCAGGGUCUAGCCCCUGGUUUGGAGGGCUCUGAGCAGGACCAGGGAACUGCUCCUCCCUCAAGAGGCUUGCUGUACGGUGUAAAUGCAGGACCUCAAGAGUCCCCCCAUCGCAGACAGCUACUAGAACUCUUGGCUCAUUCAGCCAAAUCUCUUUCUCUCCAGAGACAUGUUGUGCUGGCACCCAAUGGUCACCAGGUGCCACUGUUCACCUCAGUGGAUGCGCAGGGGCUGUUGGGAGCUGAUGGGAGGUUCUACUUACUAGAUGUUUUCAGAAGCUUCCCAGCUGAUGCCAACUUCUGUCCAGAGGUUGAGACAGAAAAUUUUACAGUCACUGGAGAAGAGGAGAGUAAUAAAGGCUGUGAAGAGGGUGAGAACAAGAAGGGAUGUAUAAAAGAAGGUUGGCCAGAGGAUUAUCAUACAAACACUGACCUUCCAAGGAGCUACCCUCAUGGCCUCUGCAGAUUGAGGCCAGAGCUGGUGCAGGCCUUCAUCCAGCACAAACAUUGCCAGUUCACUCAGCGUGUCAGAAAGCUGUUGGAUGAAAACGGAGGCUUUGAAGAAUGUGCAACAUCUGGUGACUCUCGAGCCACUGCUGCAGUCCGAGCUGCGUGUAAAGAUGUGGGCUCGGUUAGUGACAUCAUCUUUGAGAUGCGCUUUAACCCAAAUGUUUUCUCUUCAGGGGUAGCUUUUCCUCCGAGUGAAAAUACAUCAACAAAGCUACAGGAACGGUUACUGAGGGAAGCAGCAGCUUUUGUCAUCACACACCAGAUACCAGCCUUUUUGGAAAGUUGUCUACAAAGCAGUGAGGCACCAGUGGAUGGAGCUACUCUUAAAAAUGCUCUACAUCAAAGAGGCAUCAACCUCAGAUACCUUGGCCAUGUGAUCAAGGCCAUAACCCAGUCGGAGUAUAAGGAGCACCUGAGGCAUAUAAUGAGAACAGUCAUAGCUGAAAUAUUCAUUCGCUCAACAAAAAGAGUGUUCAACAGUUUCCUCCAGGGUGUGGAUGUGCCGAGUCUCUCUGUAGCUGUCAGUCACUUCCUCAGCUGCCUACUGGUCCCCCACUUCUCACCCACUUCUGUAGGAGAGGACACGAAGAAAAAGUCAAGACGGCGUGGCCGAGGGUCUGGGGCAUCUGAAAGCACACCCUGGAGCACGCUCACAGGGGCUGAGCUGUGGAACCUGGUCUGCCAGGAUGCUGCUGAAACCUAUAAUGUCUCUGACAGCCUGGGCUCUGGUCCAAACCACCUGGUAGACCUCUACGGCCUCCAGAAACUCUCCUUGCUCAGAGAGUUCUGUUUAAAGACUGGAGUACAGUUGAGACUGAGAGACUAUUACUUCGACAACCAAAACAAAGUUCCUGUUGGUCCAGAUGACAUCCUCAACAUUAUCCCUGUUGUCAAGCAUGUUCACAUGCCAACUGUGGAUGCCUCAAAAGCAUAUCACGCUGCACAGAUCUCCAUUCAGAAGGGUCUGCUGGAUCAGGCCCAUGAGCAGCUAAAAGAAGCAGUCUACCUGUAUGGUAGGGUGUGUGAUGAUCUUCACCCUGAGGCGGGUUAUUGCCACAGCUUGCUGGCCAAGGUGGCUUUCCUCCAGGGGAAGACGGCUGAGGCCCGCAGUGUCCAGCUGAAGGCAGUAGUAAUCAGUGAGAGGGUGCUCGGCUUUGAUCAUCCAAACACUAUUCAGCAAUAUGCCCUCUUAGGUGUGUAUGUGUAUGCUGGAGGGGAGACCGCCCUGGCACAGAGGUUCCUCCUCAGAGCUCGUCUGCUAAUGCUAACAGUGCACGGAGAAGACCAUCCGUACACAGCGACACUGGAUAACUGCCUUGGGCUUGUGCUAGCAGAAGAUCAGACUGGGCAGUUCCUAAAAAAUGCCCUGAAACUUAACACUUCCUUCUUUGGCACCACAAAUCUACAGACUGCUCUCAAUCAGCACUUGUUGGCCCAGUGGAUGUGCAGAAAGGGUGACUACAGAAGUGCUAUGACACAUGAGAAGGAAGCCUUGACUGCCUUUACCUCACUGUUUGGAGAGGAUCACCCACAAACACGCUGCAGCAAAGACUUCUUGUCCACCAUAACCAAGCAGGCAGUGAAGGUUGAACGCACUCUCAGACAGGCAGGAGCUGAGUGCACAGAGGCAACUGUGGAGUGUCUAAGCCCAACAUCUGACAUUAUUCUGGAGCAGCUGGUUCUGGUUACAGGGAUCAGGAAGAUUACACAGAGUGAUAGGUUCCAGGAGUAUAAGCAGAAACACCUGGAACUAAAGGCUGCAGUGGCAAAAGAGCUGGGACUUAAACUUCCUAACGUUGCUUCCAUGAUUGCGAAUGAAGGAGGGAAAAGUUCAGAUCAAGAAACAGGAUGUGGGAAGGAACCUGAGGGUGGGGGAAACCCAGCAGCAGAGAAUACAAGUGAGAGCCAGCAGGGGCAGCAAGUGGAAGAGGCAUCUCUGGAGAGUGCUGGAGAUAUUUCAGCUAAUGGUCAUGUGGUGGAGCCAGCUGAGCAGAGCCAGCAAAAGGAGAGAACCAAUGCAGAAGGUGACAAAGCAGCCUCUGAUAAGGUCCAGACAGUAAAUGAGAUGCAGUCGAGCUCAGGUGAACUAAAUGGAAGGAUUGAUGUCACUGCAAGCCCAUCAGCGCUUAGGAGUGAAGUGACAUGGGCAGAUGUUGUUUCAAAAUCAGUUGUAGCCAGCGGAACAGGAGGCAAAGCCACAGCUGUAAAUGGAGUAGGAGAUGGCAACACCGCCAAUGGAACAGCUGAAGAAUGAACACAAAGCUAAUGAAGAGUUGUAAUCGAGUUUUCCAAAGUCACUGCUGUAAGAUUAAAAACUCUUCCAGUAUUUCCUGAUGUAAUUUGAUCCAAUGAACAAGGACAGAAUGAGAUUAGAGAGUGGGAGGAUAAGUAUUACUUUGUGCUGAAGAUUUUACUGUUAUACUGACUCUGUAAGAGGGUUGAAACUUUUUUUUUUUUUUUUCUUUUCCUCAAUAAACUUUUUACCGUGGUGU